GACCAAUUUGUAGGAUGUUUGGCCGAACCGUCAAAAUGUGACCAAUAUGGGACGUGUAUUUCCCGACAUUGGUCUAUUUUAUGGGACUUUGAGCCGAUCUCUAAUUUUCUCCUACCGGGAUGCUUUCAAAAACGCUCAAGGCGCGGUUUUUGUUUUGGGACUGUUUAGUUCAACAGUGCACCGCGUUUUCUCUUCGUUUCCUUCGUUCAAAAUUUGAAUUCAUAAAAAUGGUUACCCUUUCCCCGGCGGAAUCUGGCGAAUUUAUCGUGAAGCAUGCCACGUUUUUGAAGGUCAACGAAACUGCAAUUCAGAAUUUGGUGAAAGAGGUGAUAAACGGCAUUCAGACGAAGGUAAUUGACGUGAAUAACUUCUCCCAGCAUGAAUACCACCCGAAACCGACUGAUUCACAUGCAGCAAACUGGAUCUUCCUGAUUGAUACCCUUAAUUUUUGCUUCUGGACACCCGGCAAUGCAACCAAGUGGAAGGUCGAAGGACAAACCGGUUACUUCUCCCUGUGUGCUGCAGUUAAUCGUGCUCUCAAAGAAGGAAUCGACAUUACCAAUCCGACGUACUAUUCGAAAAUAACGCUGGAAGAACUGGAACAAAUUCUCCGAUCGGAUGAUGGUAACACAAAGGCUCCGCUUUUACAAGAAAGGGUGGAAUGCCUACACGAAGUUGGUAAAGUUUUGCUGGAGAAAUACGAUGGGAAAUUUGAAAACUGUGUCAAAGCUUGUUCGAAUUCCGCCGUUGCGCUUUUGAAGUUAGUCGUAGAAGAAUUUCCUUGUUUCCGAGAUGAGGCUACAUACAAUGGUCAGCGCGUAUCGAUCUAUAAAAGAGCACAGAUUUUGAUCGGAGAUUUAUGGGCAUGCUUUCGGGGUGAAGGUCUUGGAUACUUUCACGAUAUCGAACGGGUGACGAUGUUUGCAGACUAUCGAGUGCCUCAGGUGUUAGUUCACUUUAAAACCAUAGAGUACACGGACGAACUGCUGGAAGUGCUGAAGAUGGACAAAAUUCUACCGAAUGGUUGUCCUGAAGAGGUGGAAAUUAGAGGAGCUUCAAUCUACGUUGUGGAACGCCUCAAAGAGCUGGUGCUGGCCGAGUUGAAAGCAAACCAUCAGGAUAUUUCGGUGGAACAUUUGAAUGCGGUUUUGCUGGAUCACUUUCUGUGGGAUUAUCGGCGUAAACAUGCUGCAGAGUUGGAGUACAUUCCCUUCCAUAAAACUAUUAGCGUAUAUUAUUGAUGUGAAUGAGCUUAUUUGAAGUGUUAUGAAUUAAUAAGAA